AUGGAUCCCCCGACCGCCCAGUCCAUGUCCGCGACCGAAGACUUCCAGGACAAGAGCCUGGAUGGAUGCUGUUCCUGCUGCUACGACUGCUGCUCCAGCAUCCUGGACUGGAUCUGCUGUGUUUGAAACCGAUGCUGCUUCUCGCCGGCGUCCCACUCCUUCUGGCCGCCGGAAGCGCGUGAGUUACGUCGGGGUCUCUACAUGUUCCGCAGAUUUUAGAUGUUUUUGAAACGAGGUCUUUGGAGUAAUAUCUGUAAUCUGAAUCUGCAAUGAACUUCAUUAGGCAGUAAAGGGAAUUUGGGGACCAAUUGCCGGA